CUUCUGGAUGUCGUCUGCACUAGCGGUGGGGACGCGUGUGCGGCUCAAGACGACCUACGGCGACGUCCUCGAAGGCCGCGUGGUCGUUGACGAUGCCACAUCACGCACAAUCACCUUAGAACUCGCGCCGCGCGCCGACUCGCCUUGGGGCAAGCACAGCUACCGGAUUGUCUCGCGCGAUGCGUUGACGGAGGUCGCCGUGACGGCCACGAACGAACAGAUUCAACAGCAGCUGGCACAGCAGCCCGAGGACAGCCGCGGCGAGCUCGGUCCGUGGGAUCCGCUCGGCGCGCUGUCCACCCUCGACUCGUCCAAGCUCAAGCGCCGCGUCGAGCAGGAGACAACCAAGAUUGUCGAUGCCACACGCAGCAUUGGCGUUGGCGUUACCCCGCAAGCCCAGCAGCUGUACUAUGCGCUGGCCAAGACACACCGACAGAUCCAAUGGGGAGAAGGCGAUCAACGCGAGUCAAUCAUCGUGCUGGAUGAUGUUCGUAUUGACAAGCCGUACGGCUCGGAAAACUGCACGCUCAUUCAUCCAUCGCAUGGACAGCAAGCCACCCUGGAGCGUAUCAAAAAGCUGGUGGACGAGGCAAGGAAGUCAUGGCAAUCGUAAAACCCCCUUUUUGGCGACAACAACCAUUCAACUUGAGCUUCAAAAGGCGCAGAUUUGCUGUGUUGACAUGAAAUCAUCUGCAAACAUUUCAAGACCACUUUUUUUUUUUUGUUAAUGAAGACACAAACACAUUACUGUCAUG